GAAAGGAAAGCGUGAGGCUCCGCCUUGAGGAGCCGGUGGUUGGUGAAGUGGGUUGAACCCAUGACAACCGGGUCGCGCAGUGCCUGCAACUCCAACCAUCCAAUAAUUCGAUUUGGUCAGUGCGCUUUGCUAACGUACUCCGGAGCGUACCCUUUUGAACUUUUUUUUUUCUACUUUUAAAAAUAAAACCACCACCACUACUAUUCAUGUUGACCCUCUGGUAUCCCCGGCUCACGUUAGGCUCCUCUCAUUCCCUUGGAUAGUAAGUCCAUUGGUUGAGUUAACGGUAACGGAAAACAAAAUCGAAUGAGAGUGGUCGUUAAGAUACCAGUCGUCUUCUUCUUCUUCGCUGUUUGGCUUCUCGGAAAAUUCUCCUCAAGGUAGCUGAAGAGAAGAACGAAGGCAUGGGAAUGGAUAACAAUGUUGUUGAUGAUACUGAUAUGAAUGGAAAGGGCAUGGAAGAACUAGAGUGUGCUGUUAAAGUUUUACUAAGCUUAGAUUUGGACCUGGCCUAUUCUUCUGAGAAGUUGGUAAAUUUGCACGUGCUUUUAAUGCAAGUUUGGGCUCGGGAAAAUGUUUUUGAAGCAAUGGCAAUGGAAAAAGACCAUAUCUCAGCAGACUCCAUUGAGAAGGCAUUGGUAUUUGAUCUCUUAUCUGGUAUUUUAGAUUCAGAGGUAAGAGAGAUAGAAAAUUUCAUGGAUACUCUCCAAGCAGAGAUUGUUGAUGCCCAUAAAAAAAUAUAUUCGUGCAGUCACUUGAGAGAAUUAUUCAAUGUAAUGGAAGAGAAGUUGAUUGAUUGUGAAGAAUCUUUGAAGCAGUCCCAAGAGCAGGUUCUGAAGAUGAACACACAGUUAGCCAAGUUUCAGAGGGUCUUUUUAGAAUUUGAAUAUCAAAAUGGGAAAAAUGACGAGAAUAUUGAUUCAAGAGAGAAUGGUCAACUUUCAAACAUAAAUUUGAAGUUGAAAAUGCCAGCAGUCAGACAACAAAGACAUAUUCUAAGGGUCCUAGAUAAAUCUCUUGAACGAGAGCUUGAUCUUGAGAAGAAGUUAUUGGAGAUAAGACAGAGUGAAGAAGAGCUGAAACUAAAAAUGCACUUAACUGAGCAGGUAGGUUUCUGCAUGGAAGAAGCAGCAGGGGCUAUUUAUGGAAGGUUUUUAGAGGCAGAAAAUUUAGCUGAAGUGCUAAUGGGGAUUUCAAAGGAGUUAGUAGGUCGGCUUCAGAUUGCUCAAUUCAACCUGAAUGGCUCAAUCCAACGAGAAGCUGAGGCUAAAUAUAAACUUCUUGAUUGCAUGGAACAACUGAAAGCCAAAGAAACUGCUUCACAAAGGCUUGAGAAGAUCAAUUCUGAACCUUGUGUUUCUCAAAGAGAACAAACAACCAGUAUAAAAGUCAAUUUUGAUGAAUCUGAAGUGUUUACUUUGAGAGAAAAGAUUCAAUUGCUCGAAGAACAGCUGAAAGAAUCUGAGUUACAACUGAAGAAUGCGCAUGCAUCCAAUGAAGCUAUGCAAGAACAAUUGAGUGGAAUGGACAAUCUAAUUGAAUCUCUAAAAGAAGGUAUUCUUAAGGCAGAAAGCAAGGCUGAAAGUGCAGAAGGCAAGCUUACACUGUUAACGGAGACAAACCUGGAACUUACUGAAGAGAUGGGUUUUCUUAAAGAUAGUACAACCGAGAAAGCGGGCUCGCUUGAGAAGCAAUUGAGGGACUUACAAAUCCAACUGCAGCAUGCCAAAGCCUCCUCUGAAGCUAGUCAAGAGCAGCAGAAUAUGUUAUAUUCUGCAAUUUGGGAUAUGGAAACUUUAAUUGAGGAACUGAAAUCAAAAGUUUCAAAAGCUGAAAGUAAGACUGAGAAUGCAGAAGAACAGUGUAUCUUAUUAACUGAAACUAACUUCGAACUUAACAAAGAACUCGGUUUCCUAAGGGAUAAAAUGGAUUGCCUUGAGAAAACUCUGCAUCAAGUUAAGUGUGAAAAAACAGCAAGUGCAGAAGACAUUAGUAUUAGGACUAGACUUAUCAUGGAUAUGGUCAUGCAACUAGCCUUUGAAAGAGAGCGCAUCCAGAAGCAGUUGUACUCUCUAACAGAAGAUAAUAGAAUUUUGGUGGAGAAGAUACAGAAAGCUAAAAACAAUGCUUCUGUAAUUAUGUACGGCAAUGGAGAUGGUGAAGAGAAAGACUUUCUGUUUGUCAAGCAUAAUUCAGCUACUGCUACUCAGGCAAAAACAUUCAAGGAAACAGUGACAGAGCCCUUGCAAAAAUCCCAGGUGGAUGAACCAUCAAAAGAUUCACCUGAACCUGAGACUGAAGUAGAGACUUCUGUAUCUGCCAAAGAUGCUGCAAAUGUGGUCUCAGAACUUGGGGCAGUUAAUGUGGUCGGGGAAAGACGGCUCGACCUAAUCUACAUUUUUGUAGCAGUUCUUGUCUUACUUAUUCCAGUGGCAACCAUAUAUUUGUUCAACAAGAAGCUCAUCAUGGACGAUGCUUUUAACGGUUAACCUCUGAUUACCUCAUUGCUGGGUUUGUUUGCAUUUCAUUUGCUCAUGUUGUGUCCUGCAAGAAAGUGUCUGUACCAUUUUACAGUUGUGAGUUUGGCCUUCAUCAAGUUUCUUCACCUCCUAAUUUGUUGUCAACAUAUUUUUUUUAAAGAUUGCAUCUUUUGUGGAAUGCAAAAUUUUGUACAUAAUGUAGUAAUUAUUUCUUGUUAGCUGCAAUAGAUAAUCAUGUAACAGAGUGGUUAUAAUUUUUGAAUGAGGUGAUGAAUGUCAAUGCAGAAGUGAGAAGAAUUUUGGUUGUUA